AUGGGAGCAAUGCUAGGUCAACAUGAUGAUUCUGGAAAGAAGGAAAGGGCAAUUUAUUUCUUGAGCAAUAAGUUUAACGAGUGUGAAGCUCGUUAUCCAAUGAUUGAGCGAACUUGUAGAGUACUAAAAUGGCAAGUUGUACUAUUUGAAUAUGAUAUAAAGCAUGUGAUGCAAAAGUCAGUUAAAGGUAGUGCGAUAGCAGAUCACUUGGCCGAUAAUCCUUUAAAGGAUGGCCAGCCAUUAGAUUUUCAAUUUCUUAAUGAAGGCAUAUGCACUACAGAAGAAGGUUGUGAUGAAGGAAAUGAUGAAAAGCAAGAAUGGGAAAUUCAUUUUGAUGGAGCCGCCAACAUGCAUGGAAAUGGGUGUUUGAAGGUAUUUGGUGAUUCAGCUCUCAUUAUUCACCAAGUAACAGGAGAAUGGAGGAUAAAGGAUGUAAAAUUGAUUCCCUAUCAACAACUCUUAACAAAUUUGAUUAAGCAAGUUGAGGUUGUUAGCUUUCAUCACUUGACUCGAGAUAAAAAUCAUUUCACUAAUGCUUUAGCCACUUUAGCAACAAUGAUCCAACUUGAUUAUAGAGUCCAUGUCCAACCCAUUCAAGUAGAAGCUAGAAGCUUUCCAGCAUAUUGUUUGAAUGUUGAAGAAGAUCAAGAAGAAUAUCCUUGGUUCCAAGAUAUUAAGGAUUAUAUCACUAAGAGAUCAUACCCAACUGGAAUGACUGAGAAUGAAAAGAAAACCCUUUGUCGUUUGGCUAUGACAUUCUUUAUCAGUAAAGAUGUUCUGUACAAGAGGGGUUAUGAUGGUACCUUACUUCGCUGUGUGAGUUCAGAAGAAGCAAAGAAAAUUAUGGUUGAGGUGUACACGAGGGCAUAUGUGGCACGCAUGCGAAUGGUCACACUAUGGCCAAACAGAUUCAAAGGUGUGGCUACUUGUGGUUAA